CCUCGACGGCAGACAGCCGUGCCAGUCAAUGUUGUCCCGGGGUCAGUCCAGCCUGCUCCACGCUCUGGAAAGCUCCAGCUAACACCAGCCGACUAUAAACCAGUCGGCUAUAAAUCGGUUUUUCUUCCAGAAUGUCUUAUUUUUUAGGAGAGACAACAUUGAUGAAAACUCCCUGAUGAUAACCGGAGCGGGAGGAACCGUCGGUCCAAAGAAAGAGAAUCCAUGGCAAAGUGGCUCAAGGACUACCUAAACCUUGGCAGCAGGCGUGAUCCUCCUCAGCCACCGAGGCCAGAUUACACUGAGAGUGAGAUAUUGAGGGCCUACAGAGCUCAGAAGGAGCUGGACUUUGAGGACCCCUACCAACACUUGGAGAAGGAGCAUCAGAAUGGGGGCUUUGGCUCUUGCAGCACAACUGUGAGCCUCCCCUCCUUCCCUGCGUUUGGCUCUGUGGUGUCUGACGGUGUGGAGGUGAAAGUUGUGUCUCCAAAACACAGACUAAUUAAAGUGGACUCUCAGGAGUUUGGCCGCUGUAAAAUUCCUCUCAGUCCAGUCACUGUUCACGAAGAACCUGUGAUUCCUUCCGCCCCGGCAGCAUCAGAUGGUGAAACGGAUUACUCUGAUCCCUUUGAUGCCCGUCCAAACCCGAGAGGCCGACCGAACUGGGAGCUCAAAUCUGCACCGACAGACUGCUGCAGCUACAUGGAGCCAUUCGAAGCCCAGCGGAUCAUUGCAGAUCUGCAACACACGCCAAUGACAAACAGGAGCCCGAGCGGAGACGGUGGCCAGUUAUACGAUAACCCUUAUGAGGAAAAGAGCCGCCAUCAGCAUCGAGCUGCUCCACCAGCUCAGCAGCAGCAGAAAAGCGACACUGGAGCGGCCCUGAUGGACAGCAGGGAGAGCCGGCUGCCUCAGGACGACGAGCGGCCGGCUGAUGAGUACGACCAGCCAUGGGAGUGGAAGAAAGACAACAUCUCUAAAGCUCUAGCAGUUCAGUUCGAAGGAGCAGAAAGGGAGCGCUCCCGAGCUCAGCCGGAGCACACGAGGUAUGCCAAGACGGGCUCUGCGUCGUCCGCGUGCGAUGCCACAACUCUGCGGCUUGUUGGCGACACGCCUCCUCUGCUGGGUGAGAGGGUGGAUCCGUCUCUGCCUCUGGAGAAGCAAGUGUGGUAUCACGGCGCUCUGAGCCGCUCAGAGGCAGAGUCUCUGUUGACUCUGUGUAAAGAGAGUUCCUACCUGGUUCGGAAAAGCCAGACCUGCCAGAACGACUACUCUUUAUCACUCAGGAGUUGUAAAGGCUUCAUGCACAUGAAGUUCACCCAGUUCGCAGACGGCCGCUACGUUCUCGGUGAAAACAGUCCUCCUUUCUGCACCAUCCCCGAGGUCAUCCACUACUACACCACACACAAACUGCCCAUCAGGGGAGCCGAGCACAUGUCCCUGCUGUACCCCGUCAUUGUGCAGACCCUCUGACGCUGACGCACACAAUGCCGUUCCGCCUGGUGCUACUGAAAGCAAAGUCUACUCAAUAUUUACAGAUUACGUCUUCACAUUUUUCCACUGCGACCCUCCAAACGCUGCCCUGAAGAAGUUGCUUGGUGCCAUGUUUUCAGUGUGUUGGCAUAAAAUAUUUGUUUUAAUAUCAAGAAGGGCGUUUUAAAGUGUUUUAAGAUGGCGGAAUUGAUUUACCAUUCUUCGAUCUGUGUAUUGCCUUCAUGCAGUCAAAGGAUAUACUUUAGUUUGUGCCAAUAAACCAUACAUUUUUUUUGUUUUUCUCCCGUUACUCUCAUGUGGUUUUCACUAGAUAGCCAGGUUAUUAAAACCACAGACAGCAAACAACGCUUAUUAUUGCCCUUGAAGUAUCUGUUACUAAAUGACCCACACACACUACACCAGUCAGCCUGGCCUUCCUUUGCUUCCUUGGACUCGGGUUUUCAGAGGCUUGUGAAUGUCCUGCAGUGUUGCAGCCAUGCACCCUGCAGUGUUCUCGUUUCAUCAUGUUGCUGUGUCACGUUACCUUGACAACAAACUCCUGCAAUACUAGCUUAGAGAGUAUUUACUACAGUGUUAUACAGAAAGAUGGCUUUGUGGUCCUGAUUAUCAAAGAAACUUUGGUAGGUUAUUUACUGUGCUAUUUUAUACGACUCUAAAUGUAAGCUCAAAAUAAAGGUGUUCUGUUUUCCACUUUGUGCUGUUUUUUUGUUUUGUGUUUUUUUUCCAAUAGCAAAUAUACGUUAUUUAACUUUCAAAAACCUGACACGUGUUGUAAUGACUGCAAAUUAAAUGUUAAUUGAGGGAAAUCAUAAGUCAAGGUUUGUUCAAGGUAAUGUGCAGUGUUGGCUUUCCACCACAGGCCAUUACUACUGAUCACCUGUCCACUGAAGUGGACGGCAUGCACCAGUGGCAAUAUUUUGACAGGUAUUGAUAUCAGUACUCUUGACUAUAGAUCUACAAUAUGCAACAUUUCCAGCAAAUAUUUUGACUCAAAAAUAAACUGGCAUAUCUUAGUUCUUAACUUGAUGUCCAUUGUUACCAUUAAGAAGUAAAGUUUUUAUACGUUACUGGUCAAUGGUAGCAAUAGUAACAGCGGAGAUGAGGAUGAUGAAGACCCUUUGAUCACUGAGAUAAAAUCAAGGUGUUGGAAGGACAUGAAAUAACUGGAACCUACGGAUUACAAACCUGUAUGCAUUCCAAAAAAGAAAAUAAAUUAUUUCCUUAACGGAUCAGAAAGUGAAGACAUUUCCAGUAAUUAUGGAAUCAUGUACCUCAGAUACCUGAGGUCAAGAAUGCAUUGAUCAUCAGAGCCAGGUCUUCAUCUUGACAUCAUACUUACGUGUUUUUUCACUUCUUGGAGAAGGUAAAUGAAUCACUUGCAUUUCAAGGCAUCUGUAGCUUGUGUGCUAAUAAAUGAGGGUUCCAUCCAGACACGCUCAACAGAACCAGUGCCAUCCCAUCACCGUUGAAACGCAGACCGGUGUCUAAGGCAGCGGUGUCCAAAGUUGGCCCUGGAGGGCCGGCAUCCUGCAUGUUCUAGUUUUCUGCUUGGUGGUAGCAACUUCCUCCUCAGCAUUCUCCUACAGCCAAAAAUAUCAACAUGCAAUGAUCCAGCCUGCAGACUAAACUACAUAUAUCUGCAUCCAAUGUGUUGUUUGCAACCUGGGUGCUUUGAGCAUUUUCAUGCGCAUUCCUUGAAUUCGCACACCAACGUGCUAAUUUCACUGUGAAUGAGGCACUGAAAAGAAUCACGACACAAUCGAAGAAGACAGACGGUCAUCGACCAAGCUUCGAAAAUGGUUCCGAUACCACUGUAGUAUUCCUGAACGGGAAGAUGUUCUUCGGACUGCUUUUCUUGAGUCAGAUUAGCUAGCUCUAGAAUUCCAUCCGGAACCUGUGUGUCAUACUCAGAGCAGUGGGGUUUGUUACCAUACCAACAGAGUGCUGACCAGGGCAGCCAGUGUUCGUAGUAAUGGAGACCUUAGCUUGGCACGAUUACGCCGCCUAGAGGCAAGCUGGCAGAAGAGAGAAGGAGAAUAUUAGGAACGUAUGUGUCUUGACAAUUUUUCCAAAGUGUGUGUGUCAUCAGCCAACACUGCUGUCAUGGGAACUGAAAUUCAGCCACCAUCUCGUCGUACGUCCGACCAUUUCAAAUAUCUGGACCGUCAAACUGCUCAGUGGCUCGAAAAAAAACCACCUCCGAAGUCAGAAGCCACCAUCCCACCCCGUAGGGUUUCUAUUAUCGCCCCAUUUUUUGGGCUUACUCCCACAUCGAAGAUCAGUCCAUGGGCUCUCCAUGCCUUCCCAUCUGAACGAGUAUGUGAACUUGCUCAACCUCGGCCCUUUGCAACGGGGUGGCAGGCUGAACUCCCUCUACCAUCACCUGUGAGUAGAGCGUCACUGACAGCAGUGGCCUCCCCCCGAACUUGCAAGCUCGCCCAGCCAAAGAAGCGGAAUGCUGAAAAUGACCCUAGCCACAUAUCUGAACCUCGACUUAUGACCCAUUUGAUCUCAGCCCAUCUAAGUCAUCUAAGUAUGCUAGCGGUUCCAAAGGCAGAGCAUCCGUUGCAUAAGAGAAAACGCUCAGCACGCCGGCCAGUUUCCCCAGCAGCCAAAAGUUUCUUUCCCUCCAAGAGAAUCCUUGAACUGUCCUUCCCCAAAAUACGGAAAGAUGUGUAUGACGGAUAUGACCCUUUUGUUGUUAGCCAUGCAGCUCUCUGUGGUAGCCCCUCUCCUCGGACAUUACAGCUCGCUGUACCUGUGCCUCGAAAAUGCACUCCAAAGGCAUCUACCGCACGUAGUCCCUAGAGAGGUGUUCGUUGUUCUUAGUUUCAUCACCAAACGCCUCGCUGAGAUCAUUUCAUCCCAAACAGCAGUAAAUGUGGCAGCUCUGCCUAUUGCCUCAGUAA